AUGGACCCCUUGUCAAUAAUAGCGUCUUCUUUGACCCUUGCGACUGCUACACAUUCUGCGCUGAACUUCCUAGUGCAACUGUACGGAGCGCCACUGGAGCUUUGUGCUCUUUCAAAUGAGGUCACUGACCUAACCGUCGUCUUGGAACAAGUCCUCUUGUCUUCACAUUCACAAAGGGCCUUGGCAAAGAACAUUAGCCUGGAUCACAUCGCACAUUCCAUUACCACCAAGUUGAUUGAGAUCAAUGAAAGUGUUGAAAAAUGGAACGAUAUUCGACAAAAAAGAAAUUUACGAAGUCUUGGAGUUACUCGUAAGAUCAAUGGGUUUCGUACUGCAUUGCAAGAUCUACGAAUGCAACUCGUUACCUAUAUUUCUGCAUCAUCAGCGGUCUCGCUAGCAAGCGUUCAACUUGAUAUUCAAGGAAUACACGCCGUUGUCAGUAAACUCGCAAUUCAACGACAAGGAAUGCACAUGAACCUAGCUACACACUCGGAUGGAUUACUGGCGAUAUCAAAUCGAUUGCAAUCAGUAGAAGACCUUCUCAAACAACCGGAUUACAGAUCACAUAACCUUAACAAGGCUCGGAGCCCAGAACCAACAUUACUCACCUGCAUAACAGAUGAGAAAUCCGAAAUCCAAGUAGACUGUUCCCGGAGUACUGACCUUUUGUUGUCGGCCUGUAAUAGCUCAAUGGUCAGUGCGAUUUCCAUCACUACAACCAAGACCAUAUCAGGGACAAGCCAGGUCAGGUGCGCCUGUUCUUGUCAUCGUAUCAAACUCUUCAGAUCCCCUAUGCUUCUCGAUUCCAUAAUUGGUGGCUUGUUUGUCGGUUAUACUGGCAGGCCAAACAUUCGUCAACCGUGCAACGUUCCUCGAUGCAAAGAGCAUUGCUCGAGUCUUAUUCAGGUUACUUACACGUUCCCACGAUGGUUCGUGGCAAAACUCAUCUCUGCAGCUCUCUUACUAAAGCCGGCGGCGGAUCCUUCCAUGACAGUCGCUGUUCAUCGACUCGUUGCGAAAGACUCUAACGUUUUUUACUAUUCUAAAAUCGGCAAUAUUGAGAAAUUGAAACAGUUAUUCAGCAGUGGUGGCGCUUCUCCCAAUGAUGUUCACUGUUCAUCAGGAGUCACCGCCCUAGAUUUUGCAAUAUCAUACAGAAAGAUUGAAACAAUCAAGUUCCUACUCCAAGCUGGCGCCAAUCCUCUUAUCAGAAGUAAAAUCUGGGGUGCAUGCCCAUCAGACAAAGCUUGGAGCAAGAUCUUGUCUGGAAGACUUUCUCCAGCAGAUGAAAAAGCAUUCCGAGAACUAUUCGAUCAUACCAAAGAUAUCGAGGGCCGGAAUUUCACUAAGCUUCACAAGACGGUCCUCAAACUUGAAAGUACAAGCAUUUCGGAGGAGCUGGAGAUGACUUCUACUGAAAUGAUCAAUGCUCGUGACUCUCUGGGCCAAACAGCGCUUUGUUUAGCAGCCGAGCUUGGAUCAACCGAUGAUCUGAGAUUACUCUUAUCUCGCGGAGCUGACCCAUCUAUUCCUAGCUACUGCCAAAAAGAUCCACUCAUUUUCGCCGCAAGGUCUGCCAACCCGACCUGCGUGAAACUUCUCCUGGAGGCUGGAUCGAGUGUAACGUAUCGUACAGGAUACAAUCAUACGGCGUUGCACUAUGCUGCCAUUUGGUCACCAGCAGAUGGCGUGGAGCAUUUAGUUAAUGCUGGCAUGGAUAUGAAUUUCCCCGAUAAGGACGGCAGAACACCGCUUGGAUUCACUAUCCUUUCCGACAACUUUGACGCUGCUGUCCGCCUCUUGGCCAACGGGGCACAAGUCCGUUGCCCAAAUGCACCUGCGGUUGAUCCCCUUCUUUGUAGUAUCAAGGAAAACAAGCAUCGUUUUCUCGAUCUAUUCAUUAGAAACGGGUUCGAUAUCCAUGUUCCUCUUCCAAAUGGGCAAACACUGCUUCACAUUAUCGCAGAGUUCGCUGAUGCUGAUACUAUGGCAUUGUGUGUGCCACUUGCCUCCGAAAUUAUUGUCGGUCAAGUUGAUACCGAAGGAAGAACAGCAAUAGAUAUCAUAAACACUCGUGAAAACAGGGAACCGGGUUCAAAACAGAACUUCUAUGACAUGCUGGGUCACUGUUUUUUGACGGACGAGGACGUUGAAAGUGAGAAUUGGGAAGAUGCUGUGGAAAUUAUGAUUGAAGCCUAA